AUGAACGAAGGAGGAACUAUCACUACAUCCCGUCAUGAUAUAGAACUGAUGACGGAAAAGUUCUAUGCCAAUUUUUCCGCUUCACUAACCGAUGUCUCAGACUACGAAAUUCCCGUUGGCGAAAGGCAGCCCGGUAUGCUACCCUUUGAAGUUCGAGUUGCGACAGAAAGUAUGGUGGAAAGACACACAGUUCCUGUACCUGGUAUUUAA